AUGCCUACUCUUGUCGGAAAAGAAGUUGGUACCACGGGCUACGGCCUCAUGAGGAUGACAUGGAAUCCUCAGCCUCCCUCCAAGGAAGUAUGCUUUGAGACGCUGAACACCGCUCUCGACCUCGGCGCCAACUUCUGGAACGCCGGCGAGUUGUAUGGCACCCCGGACUACAACUCCUGCCACCUGCUCCACGAAUACUUUACCAAAUACCCUGAGAAGUCCGACAAGGUCGUUCUGAGCAUCAAAGGAGGCUUGAAACGCGGUACACUCAUCCCCGACGGUUCCGAGGAGAAUAUCCGCCGCAGCGUCGACGAAUGCUUGAGGGUCCUGGGCGGCACCAAGUCGAUUGACAUUUUCGAAUGCGCCAGACAAGACCCCAACACGACAGUCGAGCAGACGGUCACUAUUCUAGCCCAGUUGAUCAAGGAAGGCAAGAUCAAGGCUAUCGGUCUCAGUGAGGUCGACGCUGAAACCAUCCGACGGGCGCACAAGGUCCACCCCAUUGCCGCUGUGGAGGUGGAGUUUUCGCUCUGGGCGACCGACAUCCUCCACAACGACGUUGCCAAAACCUGUGCAGAGCUCAACAUCCCUAUCGUGGCCUACUCCCCCUUGGGCCGAGGCGUCCUGACCGGCGAGAUCAACAAGUUCACCGAUAUCCCCGAGGGUGAUUUCCGACGACUCCUUCCCAAAUAUCAGGAGGGCACUCUGCAUGAAAACCUCAAACUGGUCCACGCCGUGGUAGACUUGGCGAAGCGCAAGGGUGUUGCUCCCGCCCAGAUCGCUCUGGCCUGGAUCCGGACGCUCAGCAACCGACCUGGCAUGCCGACCAUCAUCCCGAUCCCAGGAGGUACCACCAGCGACAAGGUCACACAGAACACGGAGGGGGUCCAGACUCUGUCGGACGAAGAUAUGGAGGAGAUCGAUAAGAUCCUGAAAAUGUACGAGGUCAAGGGGGCCCGAUACCCAACAGCUACGCCCUAA